AUGACCGUCGUCACCUACUGCAACAAGCUCAAGAGCAUCGCUGAUCAGCUGGCCGACGUUGGCGCCCCGGUAACUGAAAAGAAACUAACCAUGCAGCUGAUCGGCGGCGGACUCGAUGAACGCUUCAAACUUCAGCAGGAGUUCCUGGAGCUGGCGACACCGUUCCCCUCCUUCAUGGACGCCAGAUCCCGCCUGCAGCUCGCCGAGGAGAAGAUGCAGUCCAAGGCCAAGGCCACGCCCCAGAUCCUGGUCGCCGACACCACCACCAACACCGGCUUCCGUGGCAACUGCUACACCUGCGGCGUCCCUGGCCACAUGGCUCGGGACUGCCCUCGCGGUGGUGAUCGCGGACCUCAAAACGGUGGGCGCGGUGGCGGCUACAACACCUACGGCGGGCAAUCUGGCUACCUACGGCGGGUACAACGGCGGUGGCGGCCGUGGCCGUGGACGCGGUGA